AAAGCAAACAAAAGUAGUUGUCUGGAUACUUAAGUCACCAUGGCCAGCACAGGAAACUUCGAGAUUAAGGCUAUAACUUUUCUAGUCUUAGCUUUGUUUUCUUGUCUGGCAAAUGGUGCACUUAGCCACACCAUUGUGGGUCUCCGUAAUCGACGUGCCCUUGGAGAAACAAGCGGUGCUGCAAUUACAGUUUUUGACGUCACAGAACAUGGUGCUAAAGCAGACGAUAAAACGAAUAAUGCAAUGUCAUUUAUACAAACAUGGAAGGCAGCUUGCGCAUCCACUGCUCCUGCAAAAGUUGUUAUUCCAGAUGGAACAUUUUUAACAGGCCCUACUAUAUUUCAAGGGCCAUGGCAGCUCAGCGAAUAUACUUCACCAGAAUGGAUGACCUUCGAAUCUAUCGACGGUUUAACUUUGACCGGUAAAGGAACUUUCGACGGCCAAGGACCCGUUGUUUGGCAAUACAAUGACUGCAAAUCAAACGAGGAUUGCCAGAAGCUUCCUGCUUCGCUUAGGUUCCAUAAAGUGACCAAUUCAGAAGUUUCUAAGAUCACCUCCCUCAAUAGCAUGUUCUUCCACUACCACGUUGUAAAAUGUCAGAAUGUUGCCUUCCACCAUCUCACCAUAACGGCUCCAGACGAGAGUCCGAACACCGAUGGCAUACAUAUAAGCGGUUCUAGUUCUAUCAGUCUCACUGACUAUGAUUGGAACUGGUGAUGCAGUAUGAUUGGAACUGGUGAUGAUUGCGUCUCAAUCGGAGAUGGAACCACAAAUCUUACAGUUUCCCAAGUUACUUGUGGCCCGGGACAUGGCAUUAGUGUCGGAAGCCUUGGCAAAUAUCCUGAUGAGGACGAUGUGAGCGGGAUUACUGUGAUUAACUGCACAUUUUCAAAGACUACAAACGGUGCUAGAAUCAAAACAUAUUCCGAUUCAGGUCCCAGCAAUGCUUUUGGCAUUGUUUACCAGGAUAUUAUCAUGAAUGAUGUAAAGAACCCGAUUAUCAUAGAUCAGAAAUAUGGUAUCAAAGAUAAGGAGGCGCAACCAUCUAAUUCUAAGGUGAAGGUUAGUGAUGUUCAUUUCAAAAACAUUAAGGGCACAUCAAUUUCAGCUGCAGCAGUUGAUUUACAAUGUAGCUCAGCAUUUCCUUGUGAAGGAGUAGAACUUUCUGAUAUUGAUUUAACCUACAUAGGCAAUGAACCUUCAACUGAAUCUGCUUUAUGUUCCAAUGCCAAAGUGACCUGUGACGGCAUACAAAAUCCAGCAAUUACUUGCACUUAAUGUGUAUAUAUAUUUGGAUUGUUUUUACUUACAUUUUACUUUCAUAUUUUGAGCUUACAAAAAUCAUUUUAUGUGUAAGCAACAACUUUAAGGAUUAUUGUACGUCAUUGCGUGAUUUGCUUCUUUUUAA